AUGGUGAUCCUCAUCUUCAACAACCAUAGGAAGCCAUGGCUGUCCAAGUUCUGCCAGCCCUACAGCAAAAAUACACAACAACAAAUCAUCAGGAUGACAUUCCAUUUGGUUUCUAAGAGAGAUGAAAAUAUUUGUAAUUUCCUGGAAGAAAAAUUGUUAACAGGAGGAUAUGACAACAAACUGAUUUAUAGACAUUACACAACAUUAUGUUCUGUCUUCUGUAUGGAUUUUUCAGAAAGUGAACUUGGCAUUUUAGAUCUAAUUCAAGUAUUCAUGGAAACAUUAGGCAAGUGUUUUGAAAAUGUCUGUGAACUGGAUUUAAUUUUCCAUGUAGACAAGGUUCACAAUAUUCUUGUAGAAAUGGUGACAGAGGGAAUGGUAUCAGAGACCAACAUGAAUGAGACUAUUACACAAAUCGAUGCACAAAAUAAACUGGACAAAUCUGAGGCUGGCUUAGCAGGAGCUCCAGCCCAUGCUGUAUCAGUUGUAAAGAAUAUGAAUCUUCCUGAGAUCCCAAGAAAUAUUAACAUUGGUGACAUCAGUAUAAAAGUGCCAAACCUGCCCUCUUGUAAAUAAAAAAUUAAAAAGGCUACUCCCAGAUAAAAUUCAGGGACGUAAGUCAUCCAAGUUUACCAUGCAGUUGUUUACCAAAAAUAGAGGAGGAGAGUCUUAACUUUUGCUCUUAGAUAUAAGUCAAGGUACUGUAUAGAAGUUGUGUAAAAUCAGUAUGUGAAGUUCAAUGUGGUUUUUCCUGCUCAGUGAUUUUAAAGAAGCUGAGUAGUUUCUGUGUGAUUUUUUUUCUUUUCUAAAUUGUAUUCCUAUGCCCGCCUAAGGUAUGCCUCUAUAUAUUGGCUACUACAGUAUUUUGAAAAGUGUUUGAGAUAUUUCUUUAAUUAUGUAUAACCACAAAUGUUGGUGUUUUGUUUGCAUCACAAGUACAGCAUUCCUUAAUUCCUUCUGCUAUUUGUCAUAAUUGUUGCUUAAAGAACCAAGUAUGUAUUGCAUGAAAACAUUAUGACCAUUUUCUCUUAGUUUAAAUAAACUCCAAGGUAACUGAACUAAUAAAACACCUUUCUGUGUGCCUGAUAUCUACUUCAGCAAUAAUUUUUUUCCCCUCUGAUGCAACAAAGUAAAAAGUAUAUUUUAUCACUGUUUAAAAAAAAAAAAAAAAAAAACAUGGUGCCUAGCUAUCCAUCCGAUGACGUCCAAGCCUUGUCAUUUGUCUGAUAGUGUCCACGAUCUGCAAUGAUUUACGAAGUAAGCAGCCAACUUUUUAACCUUUUAAAGCCUUGCUGAAGACAGGUUACUCCUUUGUGAACUAUAUGAGACCAGCUCACCUUAAAAAUAAGGCCCUACAUACAGAAACAUAACAAUUUCAACAGAAAGGAAUAAGUCCAUGCAAAAGAAAGUACUCCUAAGUAUGAUCAUCAAAUUCUCUUAGGAAUUCUUGAUCAAAAGGGAGGACUAAGAAAGAGCCUUUCCAAAACUGAGGCUUCUUGGCACAACUGGAAUUUCCAGCUCAGGUCUGAGCCCAAUCUUUUCUUGUCCCAAGCAACUUCAUCUUAGAGUUCUUCUUUGUCAUAAUGCAGCUUGUCAUUUUUAAAAAGCCUUCCACUGUACCCUGAUCUAGGUAAGCGCGGUUUUGCUGCUAGAGGAAGAGUUUGUGGUUAGAAAUGUCUGAUGUAAAGAGAAGGUUAUUGCAGAUGUUAAACAUGUGACUUUAAUAGUCAACCAAUUCUCAAAAAAUGUCCCCUUCACUCUCCUUAAAAAAAAGCUUUUCUAAACUAUAACUUUUCCAUAACCUUGUUCUAACACCCCCUCUAAGCUCUGUAAACGUUAGCCAAUCACAAACGUUUUAGCUGUAUCCUUCUGCUUGUUUUCACAAGUCUCUGUAUCAUUGCAGUCCCUUGAAACAUUUUGCUCAGUUUAUCCUGGCACUGUCUUUUUCAUUCAGCAAAAUGUUUUUAUCACUGUAAUACAACUCUUUGUUUUUAAACUUAAACAUGCAUGUGGUUUAUUCCACCACAACAGGAGUCACAGUAUCAGAACAAUCCUAAAACGCAUCCUUACAAUGAGCACCUCAUAAAUUCUAUUUAUAAAAUGAAACAUCUAAAAAUAUAUCAAUAAACACAUCAAGAGUCCAAGAUUUCCUACGAAAGGACUUUAUUUAUCUCUACUUAAAUCCUUCU